AUGGAUGGACGGGCGUGGACUGCGGCUAGCGCCCGCACGCCGGCGCGGCGGCUGCAGCGUCAGCGCUGGCAGGAGCGGGGGCAAACGCGGGCGGCGGCGCUGGCCUGCAGGGCGAGGGGCCCGCGCGAGGCCCUGGCCGCACACUGGGCGCUGGGCGACCGCCUGGGCGGCCCUGCCCCCUGUUUCGGGGACGCGGUGGCCAUGGGGCGGCUGCUGGGCUGCCCAGCGGAGGCGCUCGCGGAGGCGCAGGAGCACCAGCCUGGCACAGGCCCCGGCCAGCGCGGACGGCGCUGCGCGGAGGGGCGCGACCCUUCGCCCCGCUGCGGCACUGCCUGCUGCCCGACGCGGAAGCCCUUCGGCGAGCAGGCGGCGGCGGCGGCGGCGCCCAGCCUCGCGGCGCCCCUCGGCGAGCAGGAGCCCCUCGGCGAGCAGGCGGCGGCGGCAGCGGCGCCCGACCUCGCGGAGCCCCUCGGUGAGCAGGCGGCGGCGCCGCCGCUCUACCCCGCGGAGCCCCUCGGCGAGCAGGCAGCGGCGGCUGCGCCCGACUUCGCGGAGCCCCUCGGCGAGCAGGCGGCGGUGGCGGCGGCGGCGCCCUACCUUGCGGAGCCCCUCGGCGAGCAGGCUGCGGCGGCGGCGACGCCCUAUCUCGCGGAGCCCCUCGGCGAGCAGGCGGCGGGGGCGCCGCCCUACCUCGCGGAGCCCUUCGGCGAGCACUUCUUCCAUUGGGCGCAGUUCCUCGACCGCGCCAGCCACGACGCGCUGGCGGCCACGUCCACGGUGCAGUACGACGCUGUGGAGGAGCUCAGGUUGUGCGCGAUAGACCGGGUCAGGGACAACCACGCCGCAGGGCGAGAUGUGGACAUGGACGGGUAG